AUGAGCGUUGCAGGCCAAAUAACCGAAACUGCAACGCCAGCAACACUUCCACCGCCUUUCAUUCAUGUCGACGGCGUCCCCAACUUCCGUGACAUAGGCAGCUACCCCAUCACAGACUCAUCUUCCACAAGACGAAACUUCAUCUAUCGCUCUGCACUGCCAACACGCAUCACUCCCGCGGGCCUGCGGACACUCACCCAGAACCUGCAAAUCACCACGGUCUACGACCUGCGCUCCAACGUUGAACUGCGCGAAAAUCCUAUUGCAUCUAGCCCACUAGACACCCAUGAUGCUGUAAUGGUGUUGCAUUGCCCCGUUUUUCCGGAGAGGGACUCAAGUCCCGAGCAACUCGCAAAGAGGUUUGCGAAUUACAUGUCCGACAACGGCACGGAAGGGUUUGUGGCUGCCUACGCUGAGAUUUUGCGUGAUGGCGUCGAUGCCUAUAGAAAGGUGUUUGAGCAUGUCCGUGACCAGCCUCGGGAUGCGUUUCUGGUACAUUGUACCGGCGGAAAGGAUAGGACUGGGGUGCUUAUAGCGCUCAUGUUUCUCGUUGCUGGAGUCAAGGAUCCGGAUCUCAUUGCCGAUGAGUACUCGUUGACGGAAAGGGGGUUUGAUGCUAGUGUAAAGGCACAUUUGGCGGAGAAGAUUAUCAGGGAUCGGGGAGUUGAUCCGGCCAAUCGGGCUGGGGUUGAGAGGUUGCUGUCGGCCAGGAAGGAGAAUAUGACUGCUACGUUGGAGUAUAUUGAGAGGCAGUUUGGUGGGGCGGAGGGUUAUUUGAGGGAUCAAUUAGGGUUUAGGGAUGAGGAUGUUGAGCGUAUUAGAAAGAGUCUUGUGGUUGAGGAUAAGGGGCUAUUUUGA